AACAAAGUGAAACAUGGGUCAAAGUGUCCGGUUGCAGUUGCUAUGGUGGACAGUACUGUUUUCGGUGCAUUGGUUUAGUGAGGGCCAACUGGACGACAUCAAUGCGACAGUAGACAACCGGGUUGGACCGGUGCCAAAGGCGCCACUGGCUACGCCGGCGACCGUAUGGAAGCGACCUCGGAUUGAGUACGAUCGAGAUUUAGUCAUCGAGCUCGUCGAAGCGGCCGAGUAUCCGAUCGAGAAGCACGUUCUCACGACGAAGGAUGGCUACAUUCUGAAGCUGCACCGCAUUCCCGAUCCACAACAGUUUCCCGAAGAAUACGUUGAUCCAGCAACCAGUGACGAUGACAAUCUGUUACGCUUUGGCCCGACGAAAGCAUUCCGUGGAGUGGUGCUGCUGGUUCCGGGGGCCUUCUCGACAGCUGCCGAUUUCGUCGUGACCGGACCGGAGAAUGGGCUCGCCUACGUAUUGGCCGAUGCCGGUUACGACGUGUGGAUGGCGAACGUGCGAGGGUCGCGGUUUGCGCGCAAGAACGUGCAGCUAACCGUGGCACAGAGCGAGUUCUGGGAUUUCAGCUUUCACGAAAUCGGUACGAUCGACAUCGCCGCCAUCAUCGACUACAUCCUGCUGGAGACGAACGUGCAGCGGAUCUUCUACAUUGGCCACAACCAGGGUAUGACGGCGUUGUUCGCUCUGCUGACGACUAAGCCCCGCUACAACCGUAAACUGCACCAUGCUGUCGGUUUGGCUUCGAUCGCGUACCUUGGCACCACGGAUAAUCGGGUUUUGCGGCGGGCUGCCGAGCUCACGGAUCGAAUCCACGCCACACUGCGCUCACUAAAUGUGCACGAAAUUAAACCAACGCCGGACAUCAUCCGGCUGCUCAGCGGUGCGGUUUGUUCGGGCGAAACGAACGAUAUGUGUGCGGUUGCGUUGCGCGGCUUACUAGGGACGACAGUCGAUCGUUCUCGUGCUUUACUUCCAGUCAUAGUCGACGACCUGUGGUGCAGCAUCUCCACGCGGCAACUCAUCCACUUUGGACAGCUCAUGCAAACAAAAAAAUUCCAACAAUUCGACUUUCGGAACUACAUGCUCAAUACGAAGCAGUACGGGCAAGCUAAGCCACCAGAGUACAAUCUGUCUCGCGUGAUGGUACCCGUAUCGCUCUUUCACGGAUCGAAGGACUUCAUCACUUCCAACCAGGAUGCCAUGAAGUUAAAGAGCGAGUUGAGAAAUGUGAAAAACUUCAUCGAAAUCCCCAACAUGAACCACAUCGAUUUCGUGUACUCCAACCAGCUGUACGGCCAGGUGACGAGAAGGAUAAUUGACCUAUUUAAACAGUAG